AUGACGGCGACGACGGCGCGCGGCGACGCGCUCCGCGUCGGCACCGCGACGCGGCGCGGGAGACGCGCGACGCGACGCGCGACGACGACGACGAUUCGCGCGGCGGCGACGGCGCCGGCGCGCGCGGUCACGCGCGAGGAGUGCGUGGCGUUCGUCAGGCGGGGGUGUAAACCGAGAGAGGCGUUCAGGAUCGGGACGGAGCACGAAAAGUUUGGGUACGACGAGGCGACCAAGCGAAGGAUGGAUUAUCCAGUCGUGCGGCACGUCCUGAGCUCGCUCGUCGAGCGACACGGGUGGACGCCGAUAAACGAAGCGGAUAACAUCAUCGGGUGCACGAAGGACAAGCAAAGCGUGACGCUCGAGCCGGGUGGACAGUUUGAACUCUCGGGCGCGCCGCUGGAGAACCUGACGCAGACGGACGAGGAGGUGCGAUGGCACAUCGAGACCGUGAACGCGCUGGCGCGGGAAAAGGGGCACAGAUUCUUGGGAAUCGGGUUUGACCCGAAGUGGUCGGUGGCCGAGGUGCCGAUGAUGCCGAAAGGGAGGUAUAAGAUUAUGCGCGCGUACAUGCCGAAGAAGGGCACUCGCGGACACGACAUGAUGUUUCGCACGUGCACGAUUCAAGUCAACUUGGAUUUCGAGAGCGAGCAAGACAUGGUGCGCAAGUUCAGGACGUCCCUCGCGCUGCAACCUCUCGCGACGGCGAUGUUCGCCAACUCCGCGUUCGUGGACGGCGCGGACACCGGGUAUCAAUCCAUGCGCUCCGACGUGUGGCGGGACACGGACGACGAUCGCACGGGCACGCUCGCGUGGGUUUUCGACGACGAUUUCGGGUUUGAAAAGUACUGCGACUACGUCAUGAACGUACCGAUGUACUUUGUGUACAGAAACGGCACGUACGUGGACGUUUCGGGGGAAUCCUGGCUCGAUUUUAUGGAGGGAAAGCUUCCUCAACUUCCGGGCGACAAGCCGACGAUCGACGACUGGGAGCAACACCUCACGACUGUGUUUCCGGAGGUUCGUCUCAAGAAGUACAUGGAGAUGCGAGGUGCCGACGGUGGCUCUUACGAAGCCAUCAUGGCCCUUCCCGCGCUUUGGGUUGGAUUGUUGUAUUCCGACAAAGCCUUGGACGCGGCCGAGGCGAUGGUGAGCGACUGGACGCAAGUCGAGCGCGACGCGCUUCGCGUCGACGUCACCAAGGAUGGAUUGUCGGCCAAGUUUAGAGGCGGCACGGCGAACGAUAUCGCCAAGAAAAUGGUCGAACUUUCUGUACAGGGCCUGCAAGAGCGCGGUUUAGGCGAAGAAGUGUACUUGCGUUACUUGCAAGACAUCGUCGACGACGGUAAGAGCGUCGCGGCGCGCAUGUCCGAGAUGAACGCGCGCGAGUGGAACGGUGAUCUCGAAAAAGUUUACGAGUACGCCACCUUCCCAGACACGCUUCCGAAGAUCGUUUGA